ACCCGCAGGCCCAAGGUGGCCCCCUCCGAGAGGAUGAGCAGGUUUCUGAAGCACUUCACGGUGGUGGGCGACGACUACCACACCUGGAACGUCAACUACAAGAAGUGGGAGAACGAGGAGGAGGAGGAGGAGCCCCCGCCGGCCGCCCCUGAGGAAGGCACUGCGGGCCCCAGCGCCCCCGCUGGCCCCACCGGCCCUGGCCCUGCGCCCCGCCAGCGCCUGGACUUCAGGGCCACACUGCGCAAGCUCUUCAGCGCUCACAGGUUCCAGGUCAUCAUCAUCUGCCUCGUUGUCCUGGACGCCCUCCUGGUGCUGGCCGAGCUGAUGCUCGACCUGAAGAUAAUCCAGCCCGACAAGAACAAAUAUGCCGCCAGGGUGUUCCACUACCUGAGCAUCGCCAUCCUGACCUUCUUUAUGAUGGAGAUCUUCUUCAAGAUCUUUGUCUUCCGCCUGGAGUUCUUCCACCACAAGUUUGAGAUCCUGGACGCCGUCGUGGUGGUGGUGUCCUUCGUCCUGGACAUCGUCCUUCUGUUCCGGGAGCAUGAGUUCGAGGCCCUCGGCCUGCUGAUCCUGCUGCGGCUGUGGCGGGUGGCCCGCAUCAUCAACGGGAUCAUUAUUUCAGUUAAGACCCGGUCAGAACGGCAACUCCUCCGGCUGAAACAGAUGAACAUACAACUGGCCGCCAAGAUCCAGCACCUGGAGUUCAGCUGCUCUGAGAAGGAACAAGAAAUCGAAAGGCUCAACAAACUGUUGAAACAGCACGGCCUCCUUGGGGAGGUGAACUAG